AUGGGAUGCGAACAGAAUCAUGGAUCACAGGUGUUUGACGAACGACAAGUAAGGGAUAGUGCUCACGAAUUUCGAUAUACAAGCACACCACCGGAUGGUGUAUUUCCAAUGCACAAUGGUGGUAAUGUGCAAUUUGAAACUCCAAAAGUGCCUGUUAUAUUUGUUCUCGGUGGCCCAGGAAGUGGUAAGGUAACACAUUGUGAUAACUUAAUGCAAGAAAAACGUGGUAUUGCUCAUAUAAAUAUGACUGAUUUAUUACAACAAUAUGCAAUCGGAAAUGAUAUGCAAGAUUUUGGUCAAUUAUCUAGUAAAACGGUAACAGAAGUAUUAAUGCUUGAAAUGAAAAUGUCUCCAAAUGCCAAAACUUAUUUAAUAUCUGGUUAUCCGCGAAACAUGCGGGAUGUUGUUGAAUAUUCUGAAAAGAUACAAGUUAUGAAUGGAGUGGUAUUAGUGUCAUGGAGACAAAAAGUUCUUGAACGUCAAAUCGAUUAUGGUGCAAAACUAGGUCAAGUUGUAUUAUCUUUAGCCAAAAUGGAACUCGAAAAUUUUUAUAAGAAUGUAAUGCCAGUUGCUGAUUAUUUUGAUCAGAGCGGAAUGCUGAUAUCUGUAAAUGGAGAACGACAUCCAGGUGAUGUGUAUAAAGACUUUCGAGAGGCGGUAAUGAGAAUAUUGGGUAUGCAAAGUAAUCCCCCAGAAUUGACAAGUGGGCGAACAGCACCAAUUACAAAUGGCAUUGAACCAGUUGUAAAUAACACAGGAGCAUUUAAUUCACCUAUAAAACCAGGAUGGCCGCCAGUAAUUUGGGUAAUUGGUGGUCCUGGUAGUAACAAAGCAAUUUUAUGUGCAAAAUCAGUUGUUCAAAAACCAGGGUGGGUACACAUUAGUGUGGGACGGUUGUUAAGAGCAGCAGCGGAACCAACUGACACAAGAAAUAUGUCUGAUGCACAAAUUAUUCGACAAAGUAUUUCAGCGGGGGAAAUGGUUCCACCAAAUAUUGUAAUGCAAAUAUUAGAAGCAAAUAUGUCUCAAAAUAUGUCUGCAAUGGGAUUAUUAAUAGACGGUUAUCCUAGAGAUAUUAAACAGGCGAAUGAAUUUGAAGUCAAGUUUAAACAAAAACCAACCAUGGUAUUACUGGAUUGCUCAAAACUUCAACUAGGAAGAGGAAGAUUGGAUGAUAGUGUAUCUGCAUUUAGAAGACGAUUGGAAGUAUUUCGUGAAUUAUCGCUGCCAAUGCUCAAAUCAUUAGAUAAUGAUGGAAGAUUAAUCAUUGUGGAUGGUGAUACUGAUUCACCCCAAGUACAAGAAGACUUUUCCAAUGUAAUCGUUCAACAAAUGGAAGAAUUACAACUUACAUUCAACAAUCGUCCAAAUAAUGAUCAACCUCACCCUAAUAUGGGAGCAUUGAACAAUAACACUACCAUGAAUCACAACCAUCAUCCUCCACUUCAACAUCAACGAACAAUGGUAGAGGAUUUAACAUCAGUAACAGGUUUGGAUACAAUCAGUCAACGUGUUUCGGAUACCAUGCGAAACGGUGUAGCGAAUGGUGCUAUUUCAAAUGGUUAUGCAAAUAAUGCAAUAUCAAAUGUUAAAAAUGGUAUUGCCAACACAACAAAUGGUUUCAUUGCAAAUGGUAAUGCAAUGGCCACAAAUGCUGGAGCUGCAAUCAUGUCAAAUGGUACUCAGAUGGCCAAUGGUAUUGUAAAUGCAUUUCAUCGUAAUGGUGGUAUACCUGGACAAACAAAAAUUGGUAACAAUGAUAUGUAUUCGAAUAUUGCCAAUCAGCGAAGGGGUGAAAUACAAAUGUAUGAUAUGGAUAAUGCAAAUCAUAUUUAA